CAUUGAGUGACGUUUGUAUUCUGGCUCCUCCCACUUCCUCUGUACAGGUGAGUCGUGUGUGACGUCAUCGACUAUGAAGGGAGGAAACUGCGUUUGACUUCCAAGUUUUUCCUUUUAAACUUGGGUCAUAUACGCGGAAACAGAUAUGUGUGAUUUUGACAAGCAGAGGGGCCCUGGGCGGCUGAUGAAGAAAGGACUGACCCUCAUUGUCAUCGGUCAUGUUAAUUUCAUCCUGAGUGCCAUUGUCCAUGGCAGCGUGUUACGCCACAUAUCCAAACCCAGCAAUGCAAUCUCAACAGAAUAUACCGUAUCAAACAUCAUCUCUGUCACCUCAGGACUGCUGAGCAUUGCAAGUGGAAUUGUUGCAAUAUUGGUGUCAAGGAAUAUAACCAACUUGAAACUGCACAUCGGUCUGUUAGUGAGUUCCUUUCUGAACGCCUUUCUCUCGCUGGCGUGUUUAGUGGGUCUGAUUCUGGCGAUCAGUAUGACCAUUUCAGCCGACGGGAGCACGCUCAUGAAAGGAUGUAAUUACACUAACGUGCCUGUGAAUGCACGGUCUCCGGUCAUCGUCAACUGUCCUUUUGAUGCCACUCGCAUCUAUGAUACAACUCUUGCUCUGUGGUUCACCUGUGCUACAUUCACCGCACUGGAGGCUGGACUGUCUGUGUGGUGCUUUAUUGUGGGUCUCCAGUUAAGAGGCAUCGGACCCUGUGCUCAAACCUACAUCAGAGAGCAGCUGGAAGAGUAUGCACUGGCAUCAGGAUCAAAAAUGGACCAAGACCACACGACUCAAGGCGAGCGUCUCAUUGCACAUCACUCUGCCAGCGCUUAGAGAGACAAUCCCAAUGUUAAUAUGGAAGUUUAAUUAGAUGCUGUGUAGUGAAACCGAUCAUAAUAAUAGUUUGCAUUCAUACUGAGUUACAUUCUGAAUUUUAUUAAUUGAUAAUGGUAGGUGUUUUGUAGAUGAUUUGAAGCACUGAGGUUAAUACAGAUUUUGUCUGUUGAACUCCAGUCAGUUGGACGUUUGGACUGAAUGUUUUCAGGUCUACACAUAUAGACUGUAAUUAAGCCAAAGACAUCAUAGAUUGUAUCCAUUAUGGUGUUUUUUGAAACUGUGUCUGGAGUUGCGUGUUUUGCAGUUCUUGUUUACAUUAAAACACCCAACUUGUGCAUUA